AUGGCGCAAAUGGCUACACUCGAUGUGCCGCAUUUAGGUGGCAUUAAAGCUGCAUACUACAUGCCGAAAACAUACGACAAGUCCAAGGCAACGCUCAUUCUCAUCCAUGGCUUCAGCAUGUCCUCCCACGUCUUCCAGAGCCAUUUCACCAGUCAAAGUCUUACCCAUCAAAUGAAUCUGAUCGGCAUUGACGUCAUUGGCCACGGCGGAACAGAAAUCAAGAAUGAGACUUUCACCUACUGGGAUACGGCCAUAAUGAACAUACAAGUGAUGGACGCUUUAGGCAUCAAGCAGGCAUUCGUCCUUGGCACUAGCCACGGAGGAGGCAUUGCUGUCCGUAUGUACUUGGUGGCGCCGGAGAGAAUUGAAGGUGUCAUCCCCAUAGGAGCCCUGAUGGACUGCGAGUCACAACGGGCACAUGACUUGGGCUGCUGGAAUGCACUUAGCGGAUUUGAAAGACUGAUUGACACAUGGACCAGCUCAUUGCCUACGCCGCAAUUCGAGCUGGAUGAUGCGUAUUGUAACUUCGUCGUCGAUGUUGACUUCGGAGCCAGCUGUCCCGAAGAGACACGCGACUUCUGGAAGAAGACGAUCAAGGAAGCUUAUAGAGGGGAUGAAGGCAGAAAGAAGAUACGGAUGGCGGCAAUAAACUUACGCGACCGUGACGGCCUACAUGGAAGACUUGAGUGCGUCAGAUGUCCGGUGCUUUGGAUGCAUGGAACCGACGAUGUCGUGAACUCGGUGGCGAAUGCGGAGCAGGAAAUUGCCUUGUUUCGAAAUUCACCGGAUGCUCGUCUGCUGGUCGUGAAGGAAGGUUUACACGCACUGAGCUAUUCUCAUCCUGAAGCGGUUGAGCAAGCUGUCAUGGAUUUUGUCAAGAAACACCAGAAGAAAGAGCCAUAGGUAACA